AUGAACCUCGAAGGAGAUGAGCCUCCUCUGAAAUACUCUACGCUGCUGAGCCGACCUGACCUGCGCCACGUCGGCUCCAACACAGGUCCCAGCUCGGACCUCUUCGUCACAGUCCAGGUAUGGGCCGGAUCGAAGCCCUUGACCGUACCUGUUCAGACUGCCUACCGACCGUUCCGAUCCGAGAGAAGAUGGAACGAAUGGCUACAGCUGCCCAUCACAUACCAGGCUCUCCCCGCCGACGCCUGCCUCGCCGUGACGAUAUGGGACCUGUCGCCUACGGGGGGGGAGGAUGCCGUCGGCCACGCCAUACCCUUUGGCGGCACCACGCUCCCCAUGUUUGACCAGGAGAACCAGGUCCAGAGGGGCCGGCAGAAGUGCCUGGUCCACCGCCGCAAGAGGGCCGACGGCAUGGGCGUCACCACAACCCCGGCCCUCGUGCCGGCCUGCAGGAGGAGCCACGAUGGAGGAUCGGCCGGCAAGGGCGGCCGCGCUGCGGCCCCGCUGGACAGGGAUGCCGAGGAGCUGGACCGCAUGGAGAGGCUGUUCAAGAAGCACGAGCUCGGCGAGAUCCCCCGCGUCGACUGGCUGGAUCAGAUGGUCUUCCGCGACUUCGAGAGGCGGGGGCUGCAGGCCGCCAAGUCGUCCAUGACCAUGAUGCAGCGGCAGCGGGCCUUGGACGGCGCAGGUACCGCCGGGGGCGCCGACGAGGCAGGCGACAGCGCCCCGGCAGCCACGACCUUCCUCCUCAACGUGGAACUGCCGCGGUUCGACCUCCCCCUCGUCUUCGCCGACCACGAGUACCCGGCCCCUCCGAUCUCCACGCUCCAGAACCUGACGGGUUCGCAGCCCGGCAUGGCGGCCCAGAGACAGCAGCAGUCUCAGCAGCCGCAGGUGCAGUUUGGCCCGGGUAUCAACGGCGUCGAGGACGGGACCGAGGGUCUGGGCAACCGGCUGAUCAAGGUGUACGACCCGGACGCCGGCAUGCGCGACAACCCGGCCGAGGCCAAGCACAGGAGGCUGUUCCGCAGCUCGCACCGCCACGGCAUCCUGGACAAGGACCUGAAGCCGAACGCCAAGGUGCGCGACGAGCUGAACCAGAUCCUGUCGUGCUCGCCCACGCACGUCCUGACGCCCGAGGAGUCCGACCUGGUGUGGAAGUUCCGCUACCACCUGACGCGGGAUAAGCGGGCGCUGACAAAGUUUGUCAAGUCGGUCAACUGGGCCGACGCGAGCGAGUCCAAGCAGGCGACGCAGGUCAUCGGGCGGUGGACCGAGAUCGACGUCGACGACGCGCUCGAGCUGCUGGGCCCGUCGUUCGACAACGCCAGCGUACGGUCCUACGCCGUAGACCGCCUGCGCAAGUCCGAAGACGACGAGCUCCUGCUGUACCUGCUGCAGCUGGUCCAGGCCCUCAAGUACGAGCGCGUGCCGGCCGAUCCGGAGCGCGACGUGGCGCAGGACUCCUCGCUCGCGCGCUUCCUCAUCCAGCGCGCGGCUGCCAACUUUCUGCUGGGCAACUACUUCUACUGGUACCUCAUGGUCGAGUGCGACGACCACGACCACGCCCCCGCCCCCGCCACCGCGCACCUGCACGGCGCCGGCGACGACCAGCCGCGCGACAUCUUCCGCAAGGUGGCCUACGAGUUCGUCGUCGAGCUGGAGAGGCGGCCCGGCGGGGCUCAGGACAGGCGCAUGCUCCUCCGGCAAGCCGAGAUGUUUGCCGUCCUGUCCCGGAUAGCCAACCAGGUCAAGGCCUCGUCCGAGUCGAUGGCGAAGAAGGCCGAGCGCGUCAAGCACUUCAUCGCCGACCCGGCCAACGAGCUGCUGUCGUUCGAGCCGCCGCUGGCGAUGCCGCUCGACCCGUCGGUGUCGGUGACGGGCAUGGUGCCGGACCAGAUCACCGUCUUCAAGUCGACGCUCAACCCCAUCAAGUUCACCUUCAAGACGACGACGGGCACGGCGUACCCCGUCAUCUUCAAGCUGGGCGACGACAUGCGGCAGGACCAGCUGGUGAUCCAGAUCAUCACGCUCAUGGACCAGCUGCUGCAGAAGGAGAACCUGGACCUGCGGCUGACGCCCUACAAGAUCCUGGCGACCAGCACGUCGGCCGGCGCCCUGCAGUUCGUCCAGUCGCAGAGCCUGUCCAGCAUCGUCAGCACGCACAAGGCCAACCCGGCGCUGGCCUACCUGCGGCGGCACAACCCGGACGACGACAACCAGGCGGCCGGCGGCGUCCGGCAGGAGGCGCUGGACACGUACGUCCGCUCCUGCGCGGGCUACUGCGUGAUAACGUACAUACUCGGGGUGGGCGACCGGCACCUGGAGAACCUGCUGCUCGCCCCGGACGGGCACUUCUUCCACGCCGACUUCGGCUUCAUACUGGGCAGGGACCCGAAGCCGUUCGCGCCCGUCAUGAAGCUGUCCAAGGAGAUGGUGGACUGCAUGGGCGGCGUCCAGUCGGAGCACUACGCCCAGUUCCGACAGUACUGCUUCCUCGCCUACACGGCCCUGCGCAAGUCGUCCAACCUCAUCCUCAACCUGUUCAGCCUCAUGGUCGACGCCAACAUCCCGGAUAUACGGCUCGAACCCGACAAGGCGGUGCUCAAGGUCAGGGAGAGGUUCCACCUCGAGCUCAGCGAGGAGGAUGCCAUACUGUACUUUGGCCGGGUGAUUGACGAUACGCUCUCGGCUUAUGCGCCUGUCGUCCUUGACAAGCUGCACGAGUGGGCUCAGGCAUUCAGGGCGUAA